GGUUAGAGUUAAAUCCGUGAAAUGUGUGAUAGACGCAUGUUUUCAAACCAUUUGAUUUAUUAAUAUGUUAUUAGAAUAACACAUUUAGUCGUUAAUAUUUAUGGAUAUUAAUUAAAAAAUAUGGUUUGCAUAACUUCUGAUCAACCUGUGGAAGAAUUAGUUAUAAAACGAAAAGGUGGAGGCAGUGUUAUAAAUCACAGACCGCUAUUUUCUGACAAUGGACAGAUUAUUUACGUAAUAUGGGGUAAUGUAGUUAGAGCAUACAGUGUACAAACUGGAGAACUUCUUCGGGACUAUGAGGGGCUCAUCGAUAACAUUGUUGCUGUUCAUUUUCAUCCUUAUAAUUCAAAACUGUUAAUAGCUUGUUCUGAAAGUGGAGAAGUCGGAUUUUGGAAAUGGAAGUCUGGAAUUUAUCACAAUAAAAUUCAAAUCAAACUUGAUAACAAAUUUUGCAUAUCUACAUUUGACCUAGUUGCUAUCGAUAAAGGUGCAAUUUUAAUUUCAUGGAAACAUAUUGACAAAGGCAAAAAGUAUCACUUCGGACUUUUUAACUUACAAAAUGGAACAUUGAAGACAAAGAUUGAAGUUUCUCUCAAAUCAGCAAGCUUCAAAUUAUCAAUUGGUGGACGACCUGGAUCUCAAUUUUUAUCAAUAGUGCAAUUAAACAAAUUAUAUACCAUUGAUUUGUCAAUGAAAUUAUCUCUUUCAUUAAAAUAUAUAUCAGAAAAUAGUUCCUUCACUUGUGUUGAGUGUCAUCCAGAGUACUAUUUUGUUUUGACUGGUGAGACAACUGGCAGAGUUAUUUUAUGGCAAGGCAUUCUUUGUGAGGAAAGAAGUGCACAGGCAAUUUAUCAUUGGCAUACAUUGCCCGUGGCAUGUUUGGCUUUUACAAAAUCUGGAAGUCAUUUCUAUUCUGGAGGUCAUGAGCGAGUGCUCGUUAAAUGGACUGUUGAUAAUCCAAAUCACAGAAGUACUCUUCCCCGUUUGCCUGGUGGUGUUUGUCAUAUAGCAGUUGGCCCAGAAAAUCAUAGGGUUGCAAUUUGCACUCAGGAUAAUGGUGUUCAAAUUUUAGAUGCACAAAAUAGAAUAAUAUCAUGUAUUCAGCACUUUGCUUGGGGUGUUUAUGUGGAUUUGAAGGACUCUGUGAAUGUACCGAAAACAAAUGCUGAACCACCUUUUCCAGCCGGUUUAGUAUAUGAUCCAACUACACAAUCCAUAGUUCUAAAUGGCCAAACAGGGCAUGUCCAAUUUUAUUCUACGCAUUCUAAAAGUUUAUUAUAUAAGGUUGAUAUAACACUUCAAAAUCAAUUGACAGCUGAAAGAAAUCUGGAUAUAAUUAAUACUUCAGUAGUACUUGUAGCUAUUGGAGUGUUAUCAGAUCAAUCCACCGAUUUAAGAACCUGGAUGGCCACAAUUGAGCACAGAGACGAUAGUGUUACACAUUUCGAAAGUAGAUUAAAAUUUUGGGAAUACAAUUCAGCUAAACAAAUAUACUCAUUAAACACAUGUAUAGACCAUCCACAUAAUGGGCGUGUUUGCGAUAUUAAAUUUCAAGAAAUUGGUAAACAAUUUCUUUGUGCUUCUGUUGGGAAAGAUAAUUUGCUUAAAAUAUGGAAGUUUAUGGAAUCCACUCCUAUGCACAAAAAAAGACAUUGGCAAUGUGUUGGUUCUGUGAAACAUAAGGAUCUUCCGGCUAAUUGUAUUAACUUUUCAAUGGAUGGAUCUUUAUUAGCUUGUGGAUUUGGACCAUGUGUUACCAUCUGGAGACCUGAUGAUCUUAGCUUGAAAUGUUCAUUAACACAUGUUGGGCCACAGAGUGAUGUUAAGAAAGUUCUUUUUGGUUGUGGAGACAUGGGGCAUUUGCUUGUCUCAUGUAAUGCUUCUCAUCUCGUUGUAUGGGACGUGAUGUCUUUAAGAUCCUUAUGGAUGGUGAAUAUUUCUGUAGCUAUUUUAGUUGGUGAUCCAGUGAGUACACAUAUGGCUGCUUUCAGCGAAGACAAUACUUUAUUUGUGUUUAAACCUAGUGAAUGUAGCCCUGUAUACACAAAGGAUUUAUCUCAGUUGACUAAAAUUAAGCACGCCGUAUGGGUGCCAAAUCAAAAUAUUUAUAAUUACAAAAUUAGCUGGCAAGAGAACUCCCAACUUUAUUUCCUGGAUAGCAAUCAGGAAUUACUGUGCUUAGAAUCCAGUACAGAAGAAGAUUACGCAACAUCCAGUACAACUAGUGAACAACCUCCCCAUGUGCCUGGAACAGCAUUUGGAGCCAUGAUGGCUAUGCAGAGAAGAUCUGGUGUUUCUACAGUUGCUCAAAAUAUUCACAGUACGAUUGGUGUGCCUGGUAGCAAUUCAAUUAAAGAGUUUUUGGUGCCUGCACCUCAUGCCAUGGCUCCAGUACAUUUACUCUGCGGCGGUUUACUUAGAGCUUUAUUAGGAGUUCAACCGCCAGUUAAGAAAAGUAAAAGUCUAAAUAAAAGCACAAACGAAGAAGUUAUGGAAAUUGAUACUAGCGAUGAUGAAGACAAUAGACCAAAACGAUCAAAUAAAGAUGAUCUUGUACCAGUGAAGAAAGAACCCACGAAAAUUGACUCAAAUAAACAUAGUACAGAAUUGGAAGCUAUAUUUAAGGAAAAUGACAAAUGGGUGAACAUAAUUGCUUGAUGGAAUUAGUUAUAAUAAUGCAUUUACAUGGAGGAAUAGAGUUAUUUACUUAAAUGCUUAUGUAAAGUUGAUUUUACAUAUUUUUUUAGCAAUUGGACAUAAGUAUUAUUUUUACUUCAUCGAAUAGUUAAUAUUUUGUUACUGUAUAUAUAGAUGCUAUAUAAUUAACUACAAAAUUGUUAAUAAACAUAUUUAAA